UUAUUUUCUUACAUAUAGUCAUUCAUAAACACCAUCAAAAGACUGAGGACCAAACGAAUGGUCCCCCCCCCUUUGUCCUGUUAAACUCAGCUAAACACCGUGCACAAUACAAAUCCCUGUACACAGCAAGUCAGCAUGAUUGCACACACGCACAGCUUCACACGCUGGAGACUGUAGUCCUGUUCUGUCAAGAGCCAAGCGAACAAGAACCACAUAGGCCACUGGGACUUCGUACAUCAUUGACUUUGUGGAUGUUAAUCACUCACUAACAUUUAAAUGCUCUAAAUGAUGUUUUGUAAUUUAGUUUAGUGGAAUAGUUUGGGAUCUGCUGGUGUUGGAUCAAAGGUUGUCCGAUUUUGACAGCACUCAGAACUGCAGUAGAGAUGCUGCUGGGUGUGAAGCUCUGUGUGGCCACGAAGGCUUUGCUGGGCCUGUUUUGCCGAGGUUCUGUCAGAAGGACGACGUGGAGUUUGUCCCGUCGCGGCCUCAAUUCUUCGCACAGACAGUUGAGCAAGUGGAACAGCGUGGACACCUACAGCCCACUACCCCGUCGUGAAAACCCUCGCAUCCUCAUCACAGGUGGCCUCGGGCAGUUAGGUGUGGGACUCGCACAGUUACUGAGGAAACAGUACGGAAAAGAGAACGUGAUCCUGUCAGACAUCAAGAAGCCUCCCCCUCAUGUUGUCAGCGAUGGUCCAUUUGUGUACGCUGACGUGCUGGACUACAAGAAUCUCCGAGAGCUGAUUGUAAAUAAUCGGAUCACUUGGCUGAUCCACUACAGCGCCCUGCUGAGCGUUGUGGGCGAGGCUAAUGUGGCGUUGGCGCGCAAGAUCAACAUCUCAGGCCUUCAUAAUGUGCUGGACUUGGCCCUGGAGAACUGUCUGCGCCUCUUUGUUCCCAGCACCAUCGGUGCGUUUGGUCCCUCUUCUCCUCGAGACCCAGCCCCAGACCUCUGUAUCCAGAGACCGCGAACAAUUUACGGCGUGUCAAAAGUGCACGGGGAACUGAUGGGGGAGUAUCUUCAUCAUAAAUAUGGCCUGGACUUCCGCUGCCUACGUUACCCAGGUGUGAUAUCAGCCACAACAAAUCCUGGAGGAGGAACAACAGACUAUGCAGUUCAAAUCUUCCACGAUGCUGUCAGCACUGGCAGCCAUGAGUGCUACUUGCGGCCCGACACCCGUCUUCCUAUGAUGCAUAUCUCUGACUGCCACCGUGCCACCAUUGAGUUCAUGCAGGCCCCCCAGUGUCAGCUGUCCCUGCGUACCUAUAACAUCGCUGCCAUGAGUUUCACGCCAGAGGAGUUGGCACAAGAAAUUUGCAAGCAUCUCCCCCAGUUCAAAGUCACCUACAACCCAGAUUCUGUCCGCCAGACCAUCGCAGACAGCUGGCCCGUGAGGUUUGAUGACACCAAUGCCCAGAGAGACUGGGGCUGGGCACCAACCUUUGGGAUUGAAGAGAUGGUGAUAAACAUGUUACACUCCAUUCGACACAAGAGGACCAACGAGGGCUUGCCAGUCAGCUAGCAAAAACCUGAGUGAUUGUUUACCCCAGACCAACCAAUAAUACACUAUCUCUUACUUCUGUCGCAGACAUCGUCAACCACUAUUCUAUGUUACUCUGGAACAUCACCGCAAUGAGCCAAGGAUUGUUUCUAAAGUGUGGAUUCACAUGCACACAAGCAUGCACAUGCCUGUCAGUCUUUUUCAGGGAAUAAUAUACUGUUAAACCUUCUCAUCAUCUUUGCCGUCUGUAAUUGUUACCAUGGUGUAAACAUAACGUCACAUUUACCACAUGCACGGGCAACACAGUCUGUUACAAUGCUUAAUAAACAUAUGCACCAGUUCUAAGGUAA